AGAGUGGCCGAUACGCACUCCUAAGUGCUUAGGUCACUGGAAACACAGAAAAUUCUUUCCGAACGUGUUUUCCGUCAUUCUUCUAUCCAUCGUCGACGCUACGGUGCUGUUUCGUCUCCGUGUGACUCCGGAAAGUUCCAAUGGCAUCUUCUAAGAGACCAAAUGAUAGGAGCCAUGUAGAGCCAAAUGGGAAAGGGAAACGCCAAAAAUCUGCAGGACCGUUGGAUGUGUCUACUGGAAAUGUUGUCUUCCGUUUACUCUGUCCUGCUUCUAGAAUCGGCGGUGUUAUUGGUAAAGGUGGUGCCAUCGUAUCACAGAUUCGCCAAGAAACUGGUGUGAAGGUUAAAAUUGAGGAACCUGUUCCGGGGUGCGAUGAGAGAGUUAUUACCAUUUUUGGUUCUGAUAAAGAGACUGAAGAAGAUACUACUGAGCAGGGAAAGGAGGUUAAUAAUGAUAAGGAUGAAGGCAAGGGGAAGAAUGAGGAGACGAAAGAAGAAGACGGCGACGACGGUGACAAUGAUGGAGAUAAAGAUUCUGUUCCCGUUGAAGAUUCGCAGAGCGAGAAGGGUAAUUUGCCUAUUCGGAAGGCUCUAUCACUAGUUUUUGAGAGGAUGAUUGAAGGAGUAGAGGAGACAACUGAAGGUGAUGAAGAAAGUAAUAAAUCUUCUUCCUUUGUUUUUAGGCUACUUGUCCUUUCGAAUCAAGUUGGAUGCCUUCUGGGAAAGGGUGGUAGUGUUAUAAAGAAAAUGUCAGCUGAGAGUGGGGCACAGAUUCGAAUCCUUCCCAGAGACAAACUUCCCAUGUGUGCAUCGGCUUCUGAUGAGCUAGUUCAGAUCACAGGGGGGGUUGAAGUUGUCAGGAAAGCUCUUCAAUCUGUUUGUCAACAGCUUUUGGAAAAUCCACCUCGGGAUCAUGAAUCUCUGUCUGCCAAUUUUACUGGGUUAUCAUCUCAUUCAUCUGGUCAAUUCCCACCUCAUAACCGAGCUUUUGCUGCUCAAGGAGCACCAUUUGCUACUGGGUCUCAUGAUAUUUCUCUUUUCCAUUCUGCUCCUCCUCUGAUUCCCAAAUUUCAUGAAGGUGCCAUUCAUGGUCGCAUGAGGCCUUUACAGGAAAUGCUUACUUUUCGUUUAUUGUGUCCGGCUGAAAGGGUAGGAAAUUUAAUUGGUAAAGGUGGAGCAAUCAUAAAGGCUGUGCAGCAAGAGACAGCUAGUGAAAUCAAGGUUAUAGAUGGCGUCCCGGAUUCAGAGGACUGCAUUAUUGUCAUAUCUGGUCCAGCGCACCCAGAUGAUAGAAUAUCUCCUGUGCAAGAGGCUGUAUUUCGUGUGCAAAGUAGAAUUGCUAUACCUGAUGCCAAAGAGCAUAGUAUGUUAGCAAGGAUUCUUGUUUCUUCCAAUCAAAUAGGUUGUCUCCUUGGCAAGGGAGGUUCCAUCAUAAGUGAAAUGAGGAAGUUAUCAGGGGCCCAUAUCCGUAUAUUAGGAAAGGAUAAGGUUCCAAAGUGUGCUUCAGAAGAUGAAGAAGUGAUUCAGAUAAAUGGAGAAAUUGAGGCUGUGCAUGAUGCUCUUUUGCAAAUAACCACUAGAUUAAGACAUAAUUUCUUCCGCGAUGCAUAUCCAUCUGUCAAUUAUCCUUCAAAUUCUUCAUUUCUGGAUCAGCUUCCUCCAUUCCCACCAUAUUUGGGAAGGCGGGGACUUUCACCUCCCGGAAUGUAUUCUGACCUAGGUCCUCCACCUCCGCGUUCUGGUUUUCCCCUUGAUGAUCGUCCUCCUUUUAUGAAUAAUAUGCAUAGACCAGGCAUUCCUUCUCACAUAUCUGAGAGGAAGCCUUGGGGUCCUCAGGGGAUACUUGAAGGUGGUGGACUCAUGGGAUUGCCAGACUUUGCAGGAGGUCCUCCUAGAAGAAUUUCAGGAUUUGCUGGAGGGAGUCAACCAAUUAUCACAAGCACUACUGUUGAAGUUGUCGUUCCUCGAUCGAUGGUGCCUGUAAUAUAUGGGGAAGAUGGUGAAUGCCUAAAACAAAUACUUCAGAUCUCUGAUGCAAAUAUUACUAUUACUGAUCCAAAGCCUGGAGCUGUGGAAACUAAAAUUAUAAUAUCUGGAACCCCAGAGCAAACUCAUGCUGCACAAAGUCUUAUUCAGGCAUUUGUCAUGAGUGAGAGGGAGUCUGGUUGAUCUCUCUAUUUGGGUAAUACACUAAUACAUUUUGUUUGUUUUGUCUGUAAUUGAGCUCAUUUUCUUGCUUAAUAUUAUUUCUUCGUGUUUUAGUUUUUAGAAAGAAUGUGGUGUAAAUUGUUAAACUUUAUCGGAUAGAAAUACGACUAUGCCCUAGCUCUUUUUUCAUGUGCAUCUGACCAAACUUGAACAUACAUCCUAUCUUUGAAUAAUUUCAUUUGUCCGAAAUGUAUGCCUUUUC